AUGAGGCGAUCGCGGAGGUUGGCGUCGAAGUCGUUCCUUUUCUUUGUACUGUUUCUAUGCCUGGUAGUUCUGGUUGGCAAAGUGGGAGCGCAAGGCCCUGAUGAUAAGGAAGAUAAACCAAGCCGAACAAAUAGCCCGGAACCUCCUCCCAAAACGACUGAUAACCCCAGACCAACGACCACCGCCCCUCAAAGUACUGAUGAAGCCAAGCCACCAACGACUCAGCUGCCAACCGAAACUGACCAGCCGAGUGAUGAAGUCCUCCCACCUCUCACAACAACGGACCCGUCUACUACCACGACCAACGGCGACUUGCCUUCAAUAACCAAUGACUCUCCUUUCAGUCUUCCUCCCCUUUUCAAAAUACCCACCCCACAAGUGCCUCCAGCGGCCGGAGCCCCAUACCUCGAAGUCUCAAGCCUACCAGAGGGCACCAUCUUCAUUGCAGUAGGCGCCGCCCUGGGCCUUUUCGGCCUGAUAGUAUUCCUCUGGAGAGUGCUGGUAGCUUGGUCAAUCAACCGUUCCGUCCGUCGUGCAGCAACUCGUCCCGAGCAGUCAGAUUCAACCCCCGCUCUCCUUAACAAGCGGAAAUCCGGCGUCUACCCGCAACUUGCGCCCGGUUCAUCCAUGUCGAUGGAGAAAAUGGGCGGCAGUGGCGCACGCCUUUCCGGAUUACCACCGCGGAACCACACACCAAACUCGAGUCUCUUUUUCUCCCCGACUGCCGGCGCGGGUAUGCAUACGAGCGGGAACAGGGGCUCCGGCUACCUCCCCGCCGGAUACUAUGCUGCGGGAGCUGCCUCCGGCCCUGGCCAAUCGAUAGGUCUCUCGCCGCUAGGCCCACAGACGCAGGGCUACACCCGCACGAGAUCUGCGAGUGGUAUAACUCCGCCUGGUUCGCCAAGUCUGGCCCCGACAAGUCGUGGUGGAGGUUACGAGCAAGGCUAUCCUUCGACCAGUAGUGUGAAUCUAUCCGUUGCGCCGCAGGGGCGGGCGCCAAGUGCGUAUCUAGAAGAUUUGUUUGAGAACCACAACCCUCCCGGUCGAUGA